AUGGAAUAUAAAGGCGUGGUCUCGCUGAUCUGCCCACUUCUCUUGGAGGAACAGUCAUUCAAAAUAACCCUUAGCGGGCUCGGGCCUCAGCCACAAGAGAGAAAGGAAAGAUUAUGGACGCCUACAGAGCUACGCUCGUGGUUAGGACAAGAUGUGCCACCGCUUAUGUCAACCCAAGUGCCACCUAAACAGAGAAGUGGUAACGCUGUGCCCUCGCAGGUACCGCUCAGGACCCAUGUCUACCUGGAAUUACAAGGCCAGACCCAAACCGCUCUGGCUGACACCGGAGCACAAGAGAAUGUCAUGUCCGCGGGCAUGGCCAAAAAGCUUGGGCUGCAGGUACACAGAGAUGACCCAAGUCCGCACCAGUUUGAGAACGCACGAGGUGAUCCUAUGUGCACGACCGGCUACACCACAGUGGGCUGCCAAUUUAAAGACCAGCCUGAAAACAGAUUCCCGCUGAAAUUUUGGAUCAUGCCGAAGCUUGUUGUUCCUCUGGUUGUUGGCAGGAGAUUCUUGGAAGAGACAAGCUGCUUGACCACAUUUCGACACCGUCUGAAGAAGCUUAAGGCUAUUGGCAAGUUCACAGCAAGAAUUCUUCACUUGGAACUUCCUAGAAAGCGUCUCCAAUGUCGGAUUGAUGGUCAAAUGGUUGCAGCCAACCCAGACACUGGCUCGGACCUGAAUCUCAUGUCUGGUUGGUACGCCAGACGAUCAAAUUUCAAGAUGCGGGAGUUGGAACCGGAUCACCAAUAUGUGGAGUUUGCAGAUGGGACAACGGCACAGCUUUCUGGGGUCGUUCGUGUCCCAUUCUACAUUGGCAGCUAUGAAGAAACGGCUCAACUAAGGGAUUUUUAUGUCCUCGAAGGCCUGACAUCGGAUGUGCUCCUGGGAAGUGACACCCUUGAAGAGCUGGACGCUUUCAACUCGUAUGGGGAUACCUUCUUCGAGUUGAACGAGUUUGACGCGCGGUGUGACUUCCAUUACAUUCGAUGGGUUGUGAAGUCUGAGAAUGAAACCUUGUGGAAUACCCCUUUCAGCAAGAUUGAAUUCGAGGCCCUUGAGUCAGGUAAGUGA